AACGGAAGUAAGGUUUAUCUUGAUGAUUUGUUAGCAAUCACUGCGAGGGCUGGUUUAAAAAAAAAAUCUUCAGUUUUACCGACUCCACCCUUGCAACAGGCGUUUUUUUGCCGUUCAAGUAGGAAUGGGAUUCCCCUAAAAUGGAGGAAGUGAAGUGCACGCUGUAGUGCACUACUCCAUGCACACUCUCCUCCUCCCUCGUUACCGCCUCGCCUCGCCUCGCCUGCUGCCUCCCAGCCGCCAGCAAGUUCGCCUCACGCUUCCUCCUUCGCUUUCGUCCUUUCUUUCUCAACAAAAAAAAAUAUCCCACAUCGCUCCUGCUGAAAGCUGCAGAAAGCUGCCGAGCUGAGCGACAGCUGGGAGGAGAAGUAAACUUGGUGGCUGAAGAAAAAGCUCCGCAGACAACACCAGUGAGUGGGACGCGGCUGGUUAUAGAAAUGAUUGUGGGCUUAUUUACGUGUUUGAGUUUGCUUUAAACCGAGGGGCCGAGCUACAACAUUCAGCACUUUCCCCUCCUCCUCCUCCUCCUCACUACCCCUCCGUGAGCAAAAACAAGAGGUCUGCACAGCUGUUGGUCUUCUCAGUAGUCAGGUUGUGAAUGUGGAGCAGUGAGGCAGAAAGCAUUUUUUGGAAAGAAUCUUCAGUGUCUUCACUUUCAAACAUUUCGAACCAGGAACGUCUUCACGAUGGAUGGCUUUGCUGUUUCCCUAGGAACUAAAGGAGACCGCGGAGGGCUACAAUGAGAAGAAAAGACACAGGAGAGACAGGAGGGACAAGAAUGCGACUCAAGUAGAAGACAGCGGACGCACAUCACCUCAAAGUGCCUGGAUGUGCUGGAUGCUGCAGCAGCCUCGUGCCGGCGCAUGCUUUUCCCCACAUUGCUGUUCCCUGCAGCCCUGACUGUGUAAGUGUAUCUGUGAUUGCGCUUGGCCUUGACUCGGGCUGUGUUUCACUCUGCGAAGCAAACAGUCCUUCGGCCCGUUUGCUGUUCCUCGAUCCCAAGCCUCCCCCACCCCCGCCCCCCCACCUCGCACGCAAUAUCAUUCCGUUGAUCCAAGGACAGUCGAUUCGUUUCUUCUUUUGUGCCCGAGCCUUUUCUUCAUCUUCUGUUCUCUGGAAAUGUGAGCAUCUUUACAAAACAUUAAUGUUGCAGCAGCGGGACGGUGGCCUGUAGGAGCCUGAGGGUGGGAAAAGUGGAUAAAAUUGUUUUAUUUAGAGAAAAGUGUGGUUUUAUGAGACGGGACAGCCACUGCAGCCCAGAAGAGCGUGUCUGUCUGCACUUUUAGUGCCUCAGUCUGUGAAGCGGCCAAGAAGCCAUUGCAGCAUGCCUGAGUGACCUGCUCUGCCUCAGCAUCCUUCUCCUGGACACGCCUGCUCUUUGCUCUGCUAUCCAACUCCUAUGGAACACACAGAGUCAUAGAUUCUUCAUAGCUGUUUCUGUUAACAGUUUUUUUUUUUUUUUUUUUUUUUUUUUUUUUUUUUUUUUUUUUUUUGCCAUUCUGUCUGAACAUUAGAGCAUGUCCCAUUCCUUUUACCAGAGACUGAGUGUUUUUUGUGCUGUGGCACAGUGAUUUUUCUUUUCUUUUUUUUUUUGUCCUGCUACGUGCGCUUUUGACCUUCUUAACCCCCAGACGACCUUUAACUCGACCCUAACCACCCACUCAUUAUGGCCGUCAACGUUACUGUAGGCCGGGACACCAAGUGGCUGAUGCUAGAGGUGUGUCGCGAGUUCCAGAGAGGCUCGUGCUCACGUUCUGACACCGAGUGCAAGUUUGCUCACCCCUCUCGCACCUGCCAUGUGGAGAACGGCCGCGUCAUUGCCUGCUUCGACUCCCUCAAGGGCCGCUGCACACGUGAUAACUGUAAGUACCUGCAUCCGCCUCCGCACCUGAAGACGCAGCUAGAAAUCAAUGGCCGGAACAACCUGAUCCAGCAGAAGGCGGCAGCUGCCAUGUUGGCUCAGCAGGUGCAGUUCAUGCUGCCUGGAGCCCAGCUACAGCCCAUAACCACGUUCCCAGUAUCACCCUCGUUGGCCACCAGUCAGAGUAUGGCAUUAAAUCCAUACAUGGGUCAUAUGAGCCCUGGCAUUGGUCUCAUGCCCGAGCUGCUGCCCAGCACCCCCGUGCUGGUCCCGGGGAGCCCCACGGGCAUCACCAUGGGCAACGGCAACUCCACUCAGAAGCAUGUUCGCACAGACAAGCUUGAGGUGUGUCGUGAGUUCCAGCGGGGCAACUGCACACGGGGUGAGAACGAGUGCCGCUACGCUCACCCAGUAGAGGCGGGCAUGGUGGACGGCAGCGAGAACUCGGUCAUCGUGUGCAUGGACUACGUCAAGGGUCGCUGCUCGCGCGACAAGUGCAAGUACUUCCACCCGCCGGCACACCUGCAGGCCAGGAUUAAAGCAGCGCAGCAGCAGCAGGCCAACCAGAGUGCAGCUGCUACAGCAGCAGCAGCCAUGGCCCUGCCUCCAGGCAGCAUGCAGCAGCUACCAAAGAGGCAAACCCUGGAGAAGAGUAACGGCGCUGCGGCCAUCUUCAACCCCAGCAUGUUCCACUACCAGCAAGCUCUGGCCAGCAUGCAACUGCAGCAGCCGGCCUUUAUCCCCACAGGUUCCCUGCUCUGCAUGGCUCCAUCCGGAGGCAUCGGGCUUUUCAAACCGCCUGGCCCACUGGCAGAGGGCCGCUGGGAGAGGCGGGAUUGGAGCAGCUGCCGGCCCCCCCACAGCCGCUACCUAACAGGGCCUGGACAGACCGUUCCCAUGAUGCACGGUGCCACCACUUCCACUGUUUCGUCGGCUACGACCCCAGUCACCAAUGUUCCUUUUGCCGAAUCAGCUGCCUCCAAUCAGACCCUGCCGAGGUACUGACUGCUGACCCUGUCGACCUCCAGUGCAUUCCUGUGGAAACACACCUCUGUCCAAUCCCCAAACUGCU